GUUCAACCUGGGGAGCGCAGCGGAGUGAACGCUGGGCCGAGUGUUGAGCGGUUAAAUAAGAAAAGUGCCUGAAAAUCCCAGCUAGUGUUCUGCGCCAGCUACUUCAUUGCCAGCGGACCAGAGAGUCUGCCCCAACGACUCUAGUGUGCCUGUGGCUGUGCCCCGUCCUGCUCCAGUCCUGAUAAGCAGCCCUUCGACCGUGUAAGCCUAACAUAUGGCAGCCAGCAUCGAUGCCAGCCCUCGGCACUUCAUAUGGUGUGCCGAUUAUCAUGGCAAGCAAUGCAAAACAACAACAGCAAGAUCAAUGCACAACCAGUGAAGAGUCGCAGCUACAGAGAGUACGAUCAGUAGUCGAGGGUCGACCGGCUGGACCCGAGGAAUGCGAAGAUUGGCCUAAACAGCGAUCCGAGCAGCAGCAGCAGCAGCAACAGGAGACGCAGCUCCAGGGGCAGCAACAACGACAGCCGCGCCAACACGAGCUACUGCAUCAUCCGCGCAAGCCGCUGCCGGCACUUACCGCUCGCGGCCGCCUGCUAGUCAGUGAGGGGGCACGCCGGCGGGAAGUGCGUGGCUGUGGCCGAGCUGGUGCCGAGGGUGGAGUCGGAGUUGGUGGCGGCGUUGGUGGCGGUGGCGGUGGCGGUGGCCUGUUGUGCUGCAGCCUGGACGCACUGAAGCGGCCGGCAAAGCUGCUGCAAUUCGGCUUCCUGCUACUGAUCCUACUGUUUGCCAGCCAUGGAGAUCUUGUCCAAGCGGAGGGCAAUGUUGGCUGCCAGUUUGUUAGGACGCUGUGCAUACCGCGCUCCGAGGUCUGCUAUGAUGACAAUAUCUUUGGCAAGUGCAUCCCUACCACCGGCGUCGAUGUUGAGGACAUUGAGAAGACACCCCUCACUGAGGAACAGUCUCGUCUGCUGGCCACCAUGCUGGAGGAGCUCCAGGGCGCCGGCUUAGGCUGGGACCAUCCGUACGUGCAGUGCCGCAUCCAGGGGGCGCUCUUCACGCUGCAACGUCAACAGCAGCUGCCGCCCAAUCUGUGCGCGAACUUGGCGCCCGUGCCCCCCGAGUUCGGGGAUCCGGCCAGCGCCAUGGCCUAUGUGCGGUUCACACCACCCGAACCGGAGACCGAUGUGGAGUACUACGAGCAGCCGAGUCAGGCGCAGUUCUAUCCGAAGCUGCUGCUGAAGAAGCAGGCACCGGAUGCCGAUCGGGCGGAUGGUUACCUGGACAGCAUGCUGCAACAACAACAGCAGCAGCAGCAGCUGCAGGAUCGACGGCGACUGCGACACGAUCCACUGGAGCUGGAGCAUUUCGGCAAGCAGGACGGGCAUGGGCAGGGCAUGGCUCAGAUGGAGACGCCGAGCAUAAUGGACGCGUUUCUGGACACCGAGCGGCAGCGUGUGGAGCGCGAGCAGCAGUUGAGGCUGGAAGAGCAGGAUGCUCAGGAUCGGAAGGCGGAGCAACAGAACCGGCUGGAACUCUACCAGAUACUGGCCGCGUCCGAGCCCGAUCCGCAGCCCUAUCAGCGCAAGCCGCAGCCCAAUGCCAUGGACCAGCUGGAGGCGAUGGUCGAGCAGCAGCAGCAGAGGGAGAAGGAGCAGCGGGAAUUGAAGGAGCAGCAGCAGCAACAGCAGCAGCAGAGGGCCAAGGCCCCCGUUUACGUGCCCGAAGAGGUCAACGAGUCCAGCGAGCUCUACUUUCCGGAUGACUUAGCACCCUUCAAGCGGACCAGGGGGCGUGCACGACAAUACGCCCCCGCCCCCGCCGCCGCUGUCGCAGAGGAGCAGGAGGAGGCGGCGGCACAGCCGAAGAGUUCAUUCUUCCGAGAGCUCGCCGAGGAGCAGGGCCUGGUCCAGGAGCCGCUGACUCUGCGGCAUGCCGAGCUGUAUUCCGUUUCCCUUCCCGAGUUGGCCAAGCGACGUCCGCCGGCCUUCAGUCAGCUGGAGCCGAACGACGUGAGCUCCCAGGAGCAGGGGCUGGCCUUCGACUCGAGUCUGUUGCGCAACUCGCUGACGCCCAUCGAGGAGGAGGCGAUGCUGGCAUCGAACAGCUACCCUCCGCGCGCCAACAACCAGCGCCUGUACACGGAGGGUGGACUGCUGUUCAUGCCCCAGGCGGGCGCUGGCUUGGAUGGCAUGCAGGCUGACGAUCCGCGUGCUCUGAAGAAAACGCUGCUGGCCAACAUGCUGGGCUUUGCGCGGCACGAACGCCUGGAUGUGAAGAAGCCUGGUCCCCAACUGGGACCCCCGGCACCGGCGCCCGUGGAUGUGGAUGUGAGCAGCAACCAACUGGAGACGGAGAAGCAGCUGCACAAGCCGGAGGAUGGUGGCAACAAGGAGGUGCUGCCCGCACACAUCAAGGGCAGCGACGAGGAGGAGGCACACAAGAAGAAGAAGGUCGUCAAGGAGCAGCACUCAGCCGAGGAUCAUGCGCCGCACACCGUAGACACUGAAUAUGCUCAUGUGUUCGUUAAGAACCCGAUCGACAGUUGGUACGAUGGGCAGCGCAUAAUGAAUGAGCUGGCGCAGAUACUACACAUGCAGGGAUACUUUUCUUAUUUAACCGUUCAACCACACGAAGUCAGCUUCCGGGUGAACUCAGACAAUCCGGAACGCAAGACAGCCGGCGAUGUGGCACGCAUCAUCAACGAGAACCGUGGCGUCAAGAACAACAUCCAGCGACGCGUCGGCUUCUAUGUGCUGCAUGCCGGGGUGGGUGACAAGGUCAAGGAUCUGCAGGACCCCAGUGUUUCGGCCUCACGCAUUGAGCUGGCCGAACAGGGUCCGGAUGUCACCCACAUCAUGGCCUACAUGUUCGCCGGAGCCGGAGCGGCUGCGGUGAUCGUGAUCUUUGUCACCCUGAUCCUGAUCAAGCGGCACGACCGCAAGCGCGACAAGCUGGGCGGCCUGCAGUCGGGCAUGGCCGGGGCGGAGACAUGCAGCAAGGACUACCAGGAGCUGUGCCGCGCCCGCAUGGCCGGCAAGAAUGGCAGCGGGGGCAGCGGCACCAGCUCAGCGGGUGGUGCAGCGGGCGGGGGUGGUGGUAGUGCCACGGAACCCGCGCAAAGUGGACGCAUCACAUCGCUGAGCAAGGAGAAUGAGGGCGGCAGACCACCGUCCUCGCGAUCCAGCACCUCAUCCUGGAGCGAGGAGCCCGCCCUGACGAACAUGGACAUCUCCACUGGACACAUGGUGCUGUCCUACAUGGAGGAUCACUUGCGGAACAAGGGACGUCUGCAGCGGGAAUGGGAGGCUCUGUGUCGCUACGAGGCUGAGCCAAGUGCUCGAGAGGCCGCCUCCCAGCCGCAGUGCGUGGGUCUGAAUCGGCCCGGAGCUCCCUUGCCGUACGAUCACUCACGAGUGGUGCUCAAUCAUUUGGCCAAUGCCGAGGGUCUGGACUAUGUGAAUGCAUCAACGAUUACCGAUCAUGAUCCUCGUGCACCCGCCUAUGUGGCUGCUCAGGGGCCACUGCCAUCGACCCUGGCGCACUUUUGGCAAAUGAUUUGGGAACAGGGCGCCGUUGUCAUUGUGGCACUAUGCCGACUGCAGGAGAACGGAGAGGUGGCAUGUGCGCGCUACUGGCCGGAAGAAGGUGCCGAGGUUUAUCACAUCUAUGAGGUUCACCUAGUUAGCGAACACAUUUGGUGUGAUGAUUACCUCGUACGUUCUUUCUAUCUGAAGAAUUUGCGCACAAGCGAAACCCGUACCGUCACUCAGUUCCAUUUCCUCUCCUGGCCACAAAUGGGAGUUCCUGCCCAGGCCAAGGCACUGCUCGACUUUAGACGCAAAGUGAACAAAUCGUAUCGCGGUCGUCGUUCCUGUCCCAUUGUGGUGCAUGGCAGUGCUGGUGCCGGUCGAACCGGUGCCUACAUCCUGCUGGAUCUGGUGCUCGAACGCAUGAACAAGGGUGCGCGUGAGAUUGACAUAGCCGCCACCCUGGAGCAUCUGCGGGAUCAGCGGGCCGGUGUGGUGGCCACGCGGCAGCAGUUUGAAUUUGUGCUGAUGGCCGUCGCCGAGGAGGUUCACGCCAUCCUCAAGGCCCUGCCGGCCAACACAUCGGGGGAGAAGCGAGAGCUGGACAAGGAUCCUGUUGUGGUGGGCAGCGGUACCGUCAACAAUGGCAGCCACCAAGGAGCCAAGGAGCCGCUCAAGGAGGACAAGGCUCAGGAAGCAGCCGAGGAGGAGGCGCCCACCAGCAGUGCCAAGGCCGCAGCAGCAGCAGCAGCAGCAGCCAAGGAGAAGGAGAAGGAGCAGCCCAAGGCAGCCGAGCAGAAGAGCGCGUCGGCCAAGCCGCCAGCCAAGGCAAAGAAAUAGAUUCGGGAUCAGGAUAGGAUCGGGUUGGAAGGAACCUCAGGUUAAAUGAUUGUUGCAGCGUUUCGGGGGGUCUUUUUUCGUUUUGUAGUUAGAGUUUGAACUUUAACCUUUGUGUUCCCAUUAUGAUUUGGCGUGAGCACUUGGAAGGUUCGAAAAAGGCCACACGUGGAACGAAUGGAGUUGGAAUUUUUCGAUUAAGCUGUUGUUUCUUAGCGCACAUCUAUCGGCUAUCGAUUAUCGAUUAACGACUAUAGGUUAUUGUAUCCGUUACAUGGUUCUUGAGUUUUAAAAACCACAUUGCAGCGCAAAGGCGCAUGGAGCACGGGGGGGCGGUGCUUGCCUCCGCCGAUACGCGGCACCGGCGCGUGCACCAGCCCGUCACGACCGGUGUGCGUCCGGGGCGAGGAGAGAGCCGUUCGCUGGCCCCAUGCGUGGUGCUACCGUCUCAUAUACCGAAAAUGCACACACAAAAAAUAUACAUAUAUACAUAUAAAGGAAUUAUUUGAUAUAUGCAAUGAAUAUUUACAAGGCAUACAAUACAUAUAUAUAUAUAUAUACAUAUAACUAUCCACCUACAUAUAUACAUGUGAAUGUGUCUAGGUGUUAAGCAUUGGAUUCAAUUACGGGGCAUUUUACUGGCAAAACUAAUUCUAAUUAGCCACUUAACUAUACAAAACUCUAAUCGAUGUGCUUGAACCAAAAAACCCAGCUGAAAAAAAAACAACAAUCGAGCUAAAUGGUAUACAUAUGCCGCCAAACAAAAACAAGCCCCCAAAAAAAACACAAACACAAACAAACAAACAAACAGACACAGACACACUUCCUACUACG